CUUUGAUCCGGAAGAAAGCUUCACAGAGCCGCAAAAUCUGCCUUGCUUCAAGCUGCAGCUUUGCGAUGUGCAACAGAGACUGUCAAGAAGUAUAGUCAUGUGACUUACGUCGCCUUAGGUUCUGCCCAGUAGGUACCUAGACCUUCAUAUCAUCGAGCUUGGACGCUGGGUCGUUACGGGUCCCUGGACGAUUCAUGGAGCUCUGAUCUGAUGACUUACAUGUUGAGGCUCGAACCCGAAUAGCCAUGAUCUGCCCUCACUUGAGUCUUCCAGCCUUCAGCAGAUCUCGGACUUGAAUAAAUCUAGCCCUCCCCCGCCAUCCCCAGAUGUUGAUCACCAACCUGCUUCCACACAUAUUCCAAAGCUAAUCCAUUACUCCUCCCGUUGCCAUUAGACUCACUAAUAAGUAUUGAUCAGGGGACGAAAGUCAUCAAGCUUUGCCAAGGUAGGGUAUAUAAAUUUACGAAGCACGCAGGUGGGCAAGGGAUUUGGAGUGCCUCGAGCCAUGCCCAUCAACCCUCGUCGCCGGACGAAGCUCGACUCGUCUCCUCGUUCCUGGGACAUUUGCCUUCUCCGACCGUGAGGGAAGCUUUCUGCGACAUGCAACAAAUGUUACAUCGAGGCAGAUCCUCUGUGGAGAUCCUCCAUUAGUCAGCCAGAGAGACCAAUCAAGAGACGCGGCUAUCCCAUCUUCCCCCCCGUGUCCCGUCCUCGGCAAAGCUUCCAUAUAUUAGACACCAACCAAGCUCGAAGGCUGCAAGCCAUCCUCCUGGCGCUGAGUCGAGUCCAAUCGAUGUUGACCCGCCCCAGCCGACUACUCGAGCUACCCAAUGUCGAUGCCUUCAAGAAAGCAUUCCGCGCGACGGUUAAAGACUCAAGCACCUGGGCUGGAUCAGUACGUCCAAUCAAGAUCAUCGCAGGUCUAGCUGAUCGCGGGGUCUGGCCUCAACUAACCUGCAUUGGUGUCGAGCUUCAAGUCUCACCACUCUUCACUAGACUACCCGACCCCAGAUCUCGACCGUCGAAGACCGAUGGAGCAAUUUCCGUCCACGGAGGGCACGAAGGGAGUGGAGACCAGAAGCUUCAAGAGUGGAGCGGAUGAAAACUUUGCCAUCACCUGCAUUGCAGUGGGGGAAGGGCGGGAUGGGGAAGAAAAUGCUCGGCGGGCGAGGCAAAAGAGCUACUUUUAGCUGCCAGAGCUAUAGAGCUCUUCUGAAUUUAUCGAACGGCCAGACCGGAAGAAUCAUUAUCUUGCCCCAGACCCCGGAUUUUGCAUAAGAUCUGGAGAAUAUCCUGGGUUGGAAUUCGUUUCUGAUCGACAGCUCAUUAGCAGUCAGGACUCACAUUGACUACUACUUCUCAACUUCUUCUGUCUAUUGUUGAGCUUGAACCUGAUCGAGAACACAAUGGGUCUUUUCACCAAAGUCGAGGAUCGGCCUACGCCGGCUUCAGUCUACAACUGGAGAGUUUACGCAGUUGCAGCAGUUGCUGGAUCUGCUGCUGUCAUGAUUGGAUAUGACAGCGCUUUCAUCGGUACAACCAUUGCCCUUCCUUCAUUUAAGGACGAAUUCGGAUUCGAGAAACUCUCGAAAUCAGCAGUCAGCUUGCUGAGCGCCAACAUCGUGUCAUGCUACCAAGCAGGCGCUUUCUUCGGUGCUCUGGGUGCAUACAUCGUGGCUUACUUCUUGGGUCGGGCAUCUGGACUUGCUCUGUUCGCCGCUAUUUUCUCUGUCGGUGCUGGUAUGAUGUUGGGAGCCAACGGUGACCGUGGUCUUGGUUUAAUCUAUGGCGGACGUGUCCUCGCUGGUAUUGGGGUUGGUGGAGUUUCGAAUCUCAGUCCUAUUUACAUCUCGGAAAUCUCGCCACCCGCUAUUAGAGGAAGACUUGUCUGCAUGUUCGAACUUGGAUGGCAGAUUGGAGGCCUAGUCGGUUUCUGGAUUAACUACGGAAUCAACAAAACUAUCCCCCACUCCACCACCUCAUGGAUCAUCCCGUUUGCCGUCCAACUUAUCCCAUCUGGGCUUCUCCUCAUUGGCGCUUUCUGGCUCCGCGAAUCUCCAAGAUGGCUCAUGACCAAGGGCAAGCGAGAGCAAGCAAUCAAGAACCUCUGCUGGAUCAGAUCCCUUUCGGAAGACGACAUUUACAUCCAAGAAGAAAUCUACGCCAUUGAUCAAAACAUCGAGGGGCAAAUGGCAGCAGGUGGUCUCGGAUUCUGGCAACCCUUCAAGCUCCUCGCCUCAAGCCGCAAGAUCCAAUGGCGUUUCUUCCUCGGAGGCUCGCUCUUCUUCUGGCAAAACACCUCUGGUAUCAACGCUAUCAACUACUACUCACCAACCAUUUUCAAGUCUAUCGGUAUCACAGGAACCAAUACAUCACUAUUCACUACUGGUCUCUUUGGUGUUGUCAAGACUGUUUUCACCCUCAUCUACCUUGUCUUCCUUAUCGAUCAAUAUGGCCGAAGACGUCUCUUGAUGAUCGGUGCGGUCGGUGGCAGUGUCUGCUUGUGGUAUGUCGGGGCUUACAUCGCCAUUGCGAAGCCUCAAGAACACCCCCACACAUCUCUCCCUCCAUCUGGUAUCUCGGCAAUAUUCUUCUUCUAUCUCUGGACAGCCUUCUACUCUCCCACAUGGAACCCCACUCCAUGGGUCUACAACUCUGAGAUGUUUGAUCAAAACGUGCGCACUCUUGCCCAGGCGUUCGCUGCGAGCAAUAACUGGUUUUGGAAUUUCCUAGUUGCAAGAUUCACUCCGCAAAUGUUCGAUUCGAUGGGCUACGGUGUUUAUUUCUUCUUUGGGGCAUUGAUGAUCUGUUCCGCCGUUUUCGUGUACUUCUUGCUACCCGAGACGAAGAACAUUCCUCUUGAGGGCAUUGAUAGACUCUUCGAUAGAAAGUUGAGAGCUACGGAGGCGCACCGCAUUGUUUGGGGUGAGUUGAAGGAUGAGGAGGAGGCACUGAGGGCAGGAUUGCAGAGUGGAGGGCUGGAGAAGAGAAUGAGUGUUGCAGAGGUCGAGGUUACGGGACAGAAAAUGUAUGUUUGAAGGGUAACAUCGAAAGAUACCUCUGAUUUUACGAGGACGAUUCAGAACGAAAUUUAUUCAGAUAGAGUGGAGCAUAGGUAAAUGAUUAUAGAUAUGAAUAAACGAAAAUUUAA